GGCUGCCCGCCCCUCGCGCCGCUCCUUCCCCGCCGGCUCAGCGCUUUUCCCUGCCGACGGUCCGGAGGGAGCCCCGCGCUCGCGCUCGUGCCAGCGCCGCGGCAGUUGGGGAGCCCGGCCGCGUUCCCGGCACCGGCUGGCGGGCGAGAGGCGCGGCCGGUGCGGUCGUGGUCGCCGAGUCCGCCCCCACCAGUCGACGCGGAGCCCGGCAGCGGCCAGGCCAGGCAGCUCCCAGCAUCACCGCCAUGUCGCACGAGAAGAGCUUCCUGGUCUCGGGGGACACCUAUCCAGGCCCGCAGCCUCCAGCGGCCCCUGGCUAUGUCCAGGCUCCGUACCCAGUGGCUCCCCACCCACAGGGUCAAUUCCAGCCUGCACCGUAUGGCCAGACCGGCUAUCCACCGAGCCCCUACCCGGUUUCUCCCUACCCCCAGGCCGGGCCCUACGGACCUUAUCCACAAGGCGCAUACCCGCAAGGGCCGUACCCCCAGGGCCCCUAUGUGCAGCCGCACCCCGGAGCCCCUGUGAGCCCCCCUGGGCCGAUGCACAACAACUACCAUGAGGACGGCCCCCCUUCUUACUACGACAAUGAUGGCUUCACCCCCAGCAACUGGGACGACAAGAACAUCCGGCAGGCUUUCAUCCGCAAGGUUUUCCUGGUGCUGACCAUCCAGCUCUCGGUGACCUUCUCCUUUGUGGCCAUCUUCACCUUCGUGAAGGAUGUGAAAGGCUUCGUGCGCAAGAACGUCUGGACGUACUACGUCUCCUAUGCGGUUUUCUUCAUCUCCCUCAUCGUCCUGAGCUGCUGUGGGGAUUUCCGGCGGAAGCACCCGUGGAACCUGAUAGCCCUGUCCAUCCUGACGUUGAGUCUCUCCUACAUGGUGGGCAUGAUCGCCAGCUUCUACAACACGGACGCCGUCAUCAUGGCCGUGGGCAUCACAACUGCCGUGUGCUUCACCGUUGUCAUUUUCUCCUUGCAGACCAAGUACGACUUCACCUCCUGCCGCGGCGUGCUGAUCGUCUGCCUGAUGGUCCUGUUCAUCUUUGCCAUCCUGUGCAUCUUCAUCCGAAACCGUAUCCUGGAGAUCGUCUACGCGUCCCUCGGGGCCCUGCUCUUCACCUGCUUCUUGGCAGUGGACACCCAGCUGAUCCUGGGGAACAAGCAGCUGGCCAUCAGCCAGGAGGAAUACGUCUUUGCGGCCCUCAACCUCUACACGGACAUUAUCAACAUCUUCCUGUACAUCUUGGCCAUCAUUGGCCGUGCCAAGGAUUAGGACGUCUCCAGCCCUGUCCUCCCUCACAACCCCGUCCCCUCCCCGGUUUUGUUCUCUUUUCCCUACGGGCCCGGUUGGAGUCCUGAUGCUCCCGCGGGAGGCGGCUCCGCAAGGUGGCAGCGGUGGGCACUCUUCUUUGGCCUGCCUGUCCAGAGCGGGGAAGAGAAGGGAUUUAUGCCCGGCCUGUCUUGGGUGAACCGGAGUUGAGGAAGGGGUGUACAUAGGCUGCUGCUCUUGUCCGCUGCGUUUUGCUUGAGAAAUGUCUUGUUUCAUUUUGGAAACUGCCCUCCUGGGCCCAGGAGCCCCCGCUGAGCCCCUCUGAUGCCCACCCUGGCCUGCCUCCCCCUUGCUUGCUGGGCAUGACCUUCCCCCCUGGCCCACCCCGGCCGUCUUGGGCAGAGUGUUUCACCCUGGGGGGAGGGGGGGCUGUGGGUGUUGGGCAGCCCUGAGGGUGCCCACCUCGAAGUCUCUCUUGGCACCUCCGUGUUGGGGGUCUGCCGAGACCUUUUGACCAGGAUGUUGAUGUUACUUGAGGGCACUUUCCUCUCUCUUCUCCCCCCCCUCCUCCCCCUCCCCCACAUGUGGCUGGCUUUGGGGGGCUUGAAAUGCUGCAUGUUGAGCCAUUGCCACUCUGCCCUCAAGGCCAGCCUCUGCACUAAGCUGUAUAAAUAGCAGUCUAAUAAAAGUCAGAAUACGCCCACA